GGCUGGGCCAACCGUUGCUUGUUCACAGGGCGGCGGUUUAAAAAUGGUUGCCGGGUGUUGGUAGUUUGUGGUCGCGAAAGACGGGAUGGGUAUUAUGGUCUAAACCUCAGACAGUGCUUAUAAAAUAAUCGUUUGUGUAAUCCGACAGUCUCUCUCAGUUUUCGGGUUUAGUGUGAGGUCACACCAAAGACCUGGGGUGAGGGGGAAUGAGGACGUAUAAUACAGAUUGCGUUGAAAGGCCUCUUCGUAUUGGUUUUAUGAAGCUUGGAAGAUUCGUGGGCCGGCACCCAUAUUUGUUUUUUUUUUGUCCUCUUGUAAUUUCUGCAGUACUUGGGUCGGGAUUUAUGAAGUUUAAGGAAACUGAAGGAAAUGAUAUAGAAGAACAGUUUACCCCUUUGCGAGGUCACGCGAAAGUAGAAAGGGCGUUGAUCCGAGAGCAUUUCCCCAUGGAUUUCGCCACGUUCUCGGUGUCGAGGCUUUACACAGAAGGGUCAUAUAUUUCCUUCAUCGCUGUUGCUAAAGAGGACAACAUACUGACCAAAAAGGCAUUUGAAGAUAUCUUAUUACUUGAUAAAAUGGUCCAAAGUUUAAAGGUUACUUACAAUGAUACUGAAUAUGACUUCAAUACUCUUUGUGCGAAAAUUGGUGGUUUAUGUUACUCAAGUCCUAUUUUAACUUUUAUAAACCACAACGCUGCUCUAGUAGAGACCUCUGUGUAUGAAUAUCCUAACAAUAAUGGCUCGUUUGUUGGGUCUGCUUUGGGCGGGAUUGAGUUAGAUGGAAAUAAAGUUAAAAAAGCUCGUGCAGUAAAGAUCGAUUAUUUCUUGAGAGAAGACGACUUGCAAUUCCAAAUGCCUGUCGAAAUGUGGAUUCUAGAGUAUCUGAAAGAAGUUGCCAAGACAGAUUUGGAGUGGAUUAAGAUUUCGCGUUUCAGUUCCAUAUCAAGACAAGUAGAAUUUGAAGGAAAUGCCAAAGUAAUAAUUCCACUUUUUUCCAUUACUUACUUCCUUACAAUAACCUUUUCCAUCUUAUCCUGUAUGAGGCUCGAUUCUGUGAGGAAUAAGGUCUGGGUUGCUGCUCUGGGAGUCAUAUCAACUGGAUUAGCCGUACUAACAGGUUUUGGACUACUGAUAUUUAGCAGAGUGUCAUUUGCCAUCAAUACUGCCAAUGCACCUUUUCUAAUUCUAGGUCAGGACUUUUUUAUUAAUAUGAUAAUUAAUGAUUUACAAAUUAAGUAGAAAUAAGCAGUGAUUUUUUUUGUAGAUACCCCAAACAGUAAUACUUGGUGAGACCCAUUAUCUUACAAAAUUCUCCUUGUUCUACCUGUCCCUUUGCAAUUCACCUGCUUGUUUCACGUCUUCCAAGUCUAUUCUCCUGGCAUCCCCUCCAAAGAGAAUUAUCUUUGGUCUUAAUUUUAAUGGGGUCUGGCUGCCACUGCUUUCCAGUAGAUGUUCCUCGUUUUCCUCUGUACCAUCUACCUCCCUUUCUGGUUCAGGAAUCACCAAGGCCAGUGUUCUCUGGAUGAGCCUUCUCUUGUCUUAGAUCUGCUUAUUGAUCUUAGUUGUUAUGACCUUUGCAAUCUCCAUGUUAAUGUUUCAGUGACAGUGGAUUUUGCAGUCUAGUUCUAAUACCAUUCCUACUACCUCCUUUGAAGGUACAGAUUUCCAGCCUGUUUCUACAUAACCAGGACUUCAAUUGUGGUUAGACAGAAGUGCUGGAGAAACUCAGCGGGUGCAGCAGCAUCUAUGGAGCGAAGGAAAUAGCCUAUUUCCAGCACUUUUGUCUACCUUCGAUUUUCCAGCAUCUGCAGUUCCUUCUUAAAAACUUCUUUUGUGGUUCCUGAGCUCAACAUGUCGAUGCCUUUCAUGCUGAUCUAGACCACUUUAUGUGGCAAAUCUCUCCUGGUACACCUCACAUAUGAAACCCUUUGUGUCCUUGAUCUCAUUUGCAUUUGGUGUAGUAGCAUGCAAAAACAUGGAACCCAUCCCCACAUCAGUCUGAAGAACGCUCUCGAGCGUCCCGAAACGCCGCCUAAUCCUUCGCUCCAUAGAUGCUGCCUCACCCACUGAAUUUCUCCAGCAUUUUUGUCUAACACGAAAUGUUGUUCACUUCCCUCCACAGAUUCUGCCUGACCCACUGAAUUCCUCCAGUUCAUUAUUUUUGGUCAUAUUCUUAUUUGUUUAGUAAUUAAUUUUGAAAAUGAUAAUCUAUAUUAUUAAAAGUCUCAUCUUGACCACUUCCUGUUGCACUGCAUAUUGAUUUUAGAAAAAACGCUACCACUUACGGCUGUGAUUUUUGGCCAUCUUACUUAGAGUCCCCCUCCACUGGGCAGGACAAGAGGAUUUUUCCCAUCAAUGAAAAAUAAAAGACUUAUUAAUGUUUAACAAAUGUUGAGAUUUGCUCUCCUGUCAAUCACGCCAUGAAGGCCACGCCCUUCCGGUGGGAGAUGGGAGGGACUAUAAAACCCGGACGUGUUGUGUGCUUCAGUCAGUCUCUGCAAGAUGGGGGAGCGAGAGCUGUGAAUAACACUGAACUAAGGUCGACUAAACAGUGAGUGGUUUUACUGAUCUGUCAGUGCCCUUAAUGCGGGUUGAAAAUGCAAAAGUGUGUUUUGGUUUGAAAAUGCUAAAGUUCCCUUGCCUAAUUGAACAGUUGGUUUUGAGAAUGCAAAAGUUGCCUUGCCUAAUUGAAAAGUUGGUUUUGAGUAUGCAAAAGUUGCCUUGCCUAAUUGAAAAGUUGGUUUUGAGAAUGCAAAAGUUGCCUUGCCUUAUAGAUAAUUAAAAGUCUAAUCUUGACCACUUCCCGUUUGCGCUCUAUAUUGAUUUUAGAAAAAAUGUUAUCACGUACAGCUGUGAUUUUUGGCCAUCUUACUCAGAGUCCCCCUCUGCUCAUCAGGUGCCUAGUAUUUUUCCCAUCGAUGAAAAAUAAAAGAGUUAUUAGCGUUAAAAAAAUGAUGAGAUUCUAUCUCCUGUCAAUCAUAUAACCAUAUAACAAUUACAGCACGGAAACAGGCCAUCUCGGCCCUUCUAGUCCGUGCCGAACACGUAUUCUCCCCUAGUCCCAUCUACCUGCACACAGACCAUAACCCUCCAUUCCUUUCCCCGUCCAUAUAACUAUCCAAUUUAUUUUUAAAUGAUAAAAUCGAACCUGCCUCCACAACCUUCACUGGAAGCUCAUUCCACACAACUACCACUCUCUGAGUAAAGAAGUUCCCCCUCAUGUUACCCCUAAACUUCUGUUCCUUAAUUCUCAAGUCAUGUCCUCUUGUUUGAAUCUUCCCUACUCUCAGUGGGAAAAGCUUAUCCACGUCAACUCUGUCUAUAUCUCUCAUCAUUUUAAAGACCUCUAUCAAGUCCCCC